AUGGCAAUGGCACAUAUUAUUGAAAGUAGGCUUCCUAUAGAGCUCUGGAUCAAAAUAUUCGAAGAGAACAGCGCCGUGGCGCGAUUCGUUAGGAAAAUAGUUAUACCAUCUGACAGUGAUAAAGUACAGGCGGUAGACAUUCUGGAGUGCUUGAAAGGAAAGGCAGAUCUGAGAGAGUUCAGCUGGAGGUUGGAUUGUUCUGAGGACAUGAGCGACCUGCUUCCCCAGCGCCUCCUUCAAUACUGGCCAUCUUGUCGACUAUCUGUCGAGAUAAAUUCACCUGAUAUGUUACCAGAUAUCCAGAAAAAGGACGGAGCUCUUCCGAUGUAUGGCCUGCCUUCUCUCGCCUCCUUUAAUUACACCUGGAAUCCCCCCCUUUACUUUGAGGAUGACGAAGACGAUGACGAAGAUUUUUAUGAUGACCCUACCCUUGGUAAAAUGUUUAUACGGUCUUGUCCAAAUAUAGAGGCCUUAAAGUUGACUUUGCAGAUGACAAGGGGAAGCCGCCACAAGUAUAUGAAAACAUUUAUGUUGGGUCGAGGCGAGAGGCUCCCUGCCUUAAAAAGGCUAGAACUGCAAUUUGUCUACCUCCCCCCUGGUCAAGGCCUUCUUUGGUCCAAGUGUGCAAACUGGGGGAGACUUACGAAUCUCGUCCUGGCUAUCGAUAGCCCCCAAGAGUUCAUAGAACACUUUACUGGUCUUGUGCCUAAUCUCUCCUCCUUUGAAAUACGAAUCCGGAGCCCGAUUGACGAAGAUGAUAUUGCAGAACCUCUAAUAUCUUUCUUAAAAGUGGUCACUUCUCUCCGGUAUCAAAGUAUUGAGAGCGAUUCGACGAAUCCAUUUCUGGAGCAAAAGAGGACGUACACAGAAAACUCAAAUUCGAAUUACUUUCCUAUUCUCCCACAGCACUCUGUGUUUUACCUAUGUGCAAGGAAAUCUUACGAUCCUGCAGAAAUAGACCGACAUCUACAUGCUGAGGAUAUAGAGAAUAUUCGACAAUGGUUUCCUAAUAUACGCGACUUUGCAUUUGAUUUAGACCUACGUGGGUGCCUGACAUACGAAUUGCUUACAUCCGUCUCGCGGCAUCAAAACAUUGAACACCUACAAAUUCAUCUUCCCUACAACCUUGAACUAGAAAAAUACCCUAAGAUAGAAACUAUCCAAAAAUGGUUUGAGUGUAUAUUCAACCAUAUAGAUAGCCAGAGGCGUGUCUUAGAAAGGAACCCCCCUUUUUGGUCACGGGGGAAGGUCCUGGAGCUCAAGUCACUGGCUAUCGCGUUUAAUAAUUGGGACAAGUUCGAUCUACCCUACGGAGAUGAUAGGACUGAUGGGUUAAUGUAUCGUUGCCGAAGGAUGCCAAACGGCCAAAUAGGCAAGGCAAUAAACUACCCACUACGUCGAUACCGCAAACCCAGGUGGUACUGUGCCACCUACAAGCAGAGGGAGAUUGACAAUGACUUAGUAAGCAUAAGCUCAGUCUCAGAUCAAGACUCUGACGAGGAAUCAGAUGAAGAGGUGUCGGAUGAAGACUCUAGAAAGUCGAAGGAAGUCUCUGUGGAGCCAAAAGAAGACCCUAGAAUAAGAAGGCGUUAUAACGGCAUGUUUCUAUAUAUAACUGCAAGUCAUAAACCAUGGUGA